GCCGAGCCGAGCAGGGGUCGCGCAGCAGCGGGGACCCCCCCCGGAGGCGGGGCCUGUGGGACCGCGAUGGGCGUGGAGAUCGAGACCAUCUCCCCCGGAGACGGGAGGACGUUUCCCAAGAAGGGCCAAACGUGUGUGGUGCACUACACAGGAAUGCUCCAAAAUGGGAAGAAAUUCGAUUCAUCUAGAGACAGAAACAAACCUUUCAAGUUCCGAAUUGGCAAACAGGAAGUCAUCAAAGGUUUUGAAGAAGGUGCAGCCCAGAUGAGCUUGGGGCAGAGGGCGAAGCUGACCUGCACCCCUGAUGUGGCAUAUGGAGCCACGGGCCACCCCGGUGUCAUCCCUCCCAAUGCCACCCUCAUCUUUGACGUGGAGCUGCUCAACUUAGAGUGAAGGCAGGAAGGAACUCAAGGUGGCUGGAGAUGGCUGCUGCUCACCCUCCUAGCCUGCUCUGCCGCUGGGACGGCUCCUCCUGUGCGGGGCUCUUGAUCAGUGUGCUAACCUCGCCACCCCACAGCGUUAUCCAUUCUCUCUGCCCAAGUUGCUCUGUAUGUGUUCCUCACUGUUCACACACGUCCUUGCUUGAGGAAACUUCGGUUGCAGAUGGAAACCGUUCAGGUUGUGCAUUUUGUGUGAUGCAUGUAGCAGCCUUCCUAACCACGGAACAGUUUUCUGGUUCGCAUAAUCACUGCCUUACCUUCACUUAAGCCAGACACACAAGGUGCUCAGACAUGCAAUGUCCAUGAGGUACACAGAGGGACUUGAGCCAGUUACCUUUGUUGUCACUUUCUUAUAUAUCCUGUCGGCUGCUCAAUUUAAACGAUGUCCUCUUUGGAAAUAAUGUGUAAAAUAAAGGCUCUGUGCUU